AUGCACCGGAAUCCUGAGCGUUCGAGAGGAUCGUCGUGCAGUGUCCACAGCCUCGAAGGCUCUCCUUGGACAAAGACGACAUGGGCAAUCUCUAGAUCUUCUCGCGAAGUCUAGAGAUCAAUGAAGUGGGUCGUCGAGUCGUCUCCGGCGGCUGUCACCCGGCGGAGCGGAAAAACGACGACUUUGCGGCUCUCCGGCGGCUGUCACCCGACGGAGAGGAGCUGGAUGGAGGUGGGGCGCGUGUCAGGGAGCUUCAUCCUCAGGUCCGCGCAGCAAGGGGAGGCUCUUCAUCGCAUCUGGUACGCUCUCAAGAGGUGGCGACUCGUCUCCCGGCGGAUCGUCCUCUUCUCGACGACGGCUUGUUUGUCGAUCAAUCGGAGAUGAUUUACUCGAUGGAUUGCGAUCCUUUUAUCGCGAAUCGUUCAGCAAUUUUAGUAGCAAUGCUCCGCGAAUCGCGUUGACGAGAUUUUCGCCGAUGAUCUAGCGAUUCCGGUUGCUUAAUCCUUCACCGGCGAUCUGCAGGAAAGUCGCGAUAAUCAGUUAAAAAUAUAUGAAUUUUAACUCUGGGAGGAUUCGAACCCGCGGCGGUCGCCCGCCCCUGAGCAAGGUGUGACGCGGGUUUAGUCCCACAUCGGUUGUGCACGGAUUAUUCGGGCGAAUAUAUAGUAAAGUUAGCUUUCUAGGCAAAGUCCUCUCGCGUGUACGACCACUCCUUGCCCCACAGCCGGCUGGCCACCGGUGACGUGGAAGGGGAGUGGCGCACACGUGCCCCUAUCGAUCCAAGCAAGCCGCUCGAGCCCCUGCUCGCGGCUACUCCCCGACUGCGCUUCCGACCCGCUUGCGGGCCCGGCUGGCCGGCGGGUCCCCCCAUUUUGCAAUAUUUUUAUUUUUAUUUCUUGUUCUUCAUUUAUCUCAAAACUAAGACUGUAAAAAUCGUAUAAAAUCACAUAAUUACCCAAAAAUUCACGUUAAUCAACUGAAAACCACUUUUCAUGCUUUAACACAAAUAUAAGUCUAUUUAUCAUGAGUUAAGGCUAAAACUAUAUUAUUUACUAAUUAUUAACUCAUGAUAAUGAAGACUUAUCAAGCUUCAUCCUCAGGUCCGCGCAGCAAGAGGAGGCUCUUCAUCGCAUCUGGUAUGCUCUCAGGAGGUGGCGACUCGUCUCCCGGUGGAUCGUCCUCUUCUCGACGACGGCUUGUUCGUCGAUCAAUCGGAGAUGA